UGGAAUUGCUGGAUUAUAUGGUACUUCUGUUUUUAACUUUUUGCAUUAUUUUUAAGUUUUGCAGAAUACUGACCAAAAUUAACUGUACCCUGGGUCACAAACCAAGUCUCAGCAAAUUUGAAAGGAUUAAAAUUGACUAAAGCACAUUUUCUGAGCACAACAGUCUUAAUCUGGAAAUCAACAAUAAAAAGACAACUAGAAAACCCCAGUUAUUUGGAAAUGAAAGACCAGAUUUCUAAAAAACCCAUGGAUCAGGAAGAAACCACAACAGAAUUUAGAAAAUAUUUUGAACUCAUUAAAUGAUAAUGAACAUGCAGCAUCAAACUUGUGGGUAUGCAGCUAAAGCUGUGUUUAGAAGGAAAUUUAUAGCCUUAAGUACAUGUAUUAGAAAAGAGAAAAGAAAGGCUGAAUGUCAAUUAUUUAAGUAUCCAUCUCAGAAGCUACAAAAUAAUUAGCAAGUAAAGUGAGGGAAUGACCAUGUAGCUAGCUGGGGAGUGUGUGUGAGAUAGGAGGGAGACCUUGUUCUGUGUGGGAGGAACACUGUAAGCAGACUGGCCAUGGGCUGAGGCUGCCUUGGUUUGUAGCUCAGCAACUCCCCAUCCCUUCAGUAUCUGGGAAACUUUGAGCAAAUCUUCUCCUCUAUAUCUGUUUUCAUAUCCGUAAAAUGGAAAGGAAGUUCCUACCUCCUGAGUUUUUGUAAGUUUUAAAUGAGUUACCGUAUGCAAACGUUUAUAAUGGUGCUUAGCACCUGAUUAUUUUGAGCAUCUGUGUCUCUGUGAGAAUGAGUUACAUCUUACAGGCCCCAAGUCUGCAUCUGCCCUGCUCUACAGGUAUGAGCAGAGCCCCAAGUUCCACAUGAUGACAAAGUUCUGGCAUUCCUGCAGACCCAGUUCCAACACUCCAGCCAUCCUGUGCCUCACUUUUGUGCUGCUCCUUGAUGGCCAUCCCCAAGAACGCUCUGAACCCAGUGCCCUGGGAACAGGAUGGCUUUCUACGCGUGAAGGUGGAGGAUGAGGAGGCCAGCCUCUCUGAGAUCCAGGAGUCUAGCUCUGGCCACACUGCCCACCCCGAGGCUGCACGUCUUCGUUUCCGGCGCUUCUGCUAUGAGGAGGCUUCCAACCCACAUGAGGCCCUGGCCCAGCUCCGUGAACUGUGCCGCCAGUGGCUGCAGCCUGAAGCACACUCCAAGGAGCAAAUGCUGGAGCUGCUGGUGCUGGAGCAGUUCCUGGGUGUACUGCCCCCCACGAUCCAGUCCUGGGUGGGUGCCCAGUUCCCCAAGAGUGGUGAGGAGGCUGCCAUGCUGGUGGAAGGUCUGACUCGGGCACUCGACAAGAGAGGAUGGGAUCCGGGAGCCAAGCUGUCAGAGGCAAGCUGCAAGCAGAGUGAUUUGAAAGAGUCAGAGCCAUUAGACAGGGCCACUGAAACCCUCAUGAGAGGUAUUUCCCAGGGACCCACUUUUGGUGAUGCUUGUGAACCUGAGGGCAGCUCAGAGAGGCAGGCAGGACUCUCGGAGGAAACAUGGACAAAGUCUGUCCCCCAAGAGAUGGAUUUCAGGAAAACUUCAGAGCCUCACAAGGAUGUUCCCACCAACCAGCCCAGCUGUGAAUCGGGUGUCUUGGGGAAUAGUCCCAAUGUGUGGCCAAAUUUCACUUCACAAGAGAAGACACCAGAAGAGAAAUUUGAUCCAGUGGAUGUUGAUAGGACAGAGCCUCCGUGCAUUUACUCAGGGAGGAAGUCUUCCAAGUGUAGUGAAUGUGGGAAGACAUUCCAGAGCCCCUCAGCCCUCGAGACACACCAGAAGAGCCAUUCUCGGAAGACACCCUACACCUGUAGUGAGUGUGGGAAAGCCUUCAGUCGGAGCACUCACUUGGCCCAGCAUCAAGUCAUCCACACGGGUGCAAAGCCCCAUAAGUGUAAAGAGUGUGGGAAGGCCUUCAGCCGGGUCACCCACCUAACUCAGCACCAGAGGAUCCACACUGGAGAAAAACCCUACAAGUGCGGGGAAUGUGGCAAAACGUUCAGCCGCAGUACCCACCUCACUCAACACCAGCGGGUGCACACAGGGGAAAGGCCCUAUGAGUGUGACGAGUGUGGGAAGGCCUUCAGUCAGAGCACCCACCUGACUCAGCACCAGCGCAUCCACACUGGGGAGAAGCCCUACAAGUGCGACGCUUGUGGGAGAGCCUUCAGUGACUGCUCAGCUCUAAUCCGCCACCUGAGAAUCCACUCCGGAGAGAAGCCAUAUCAGUGUAAGAUUUGUCCGAAGGCCUUUGCACAGAGCUCCUCCCUCAUUGAGCACCAGAGGAUCCACACAGGAGAGAAGCCAUACAAGUGCAGUGACUGUGGGAAGGCCUUUAGCCGCAGCUCAGCCCUCAUGGUUCACCUGAGGAUCCACAUUACAGUACUGCAGUAACCAAAGAAAGCCCUUGGGACAUAGAACAACUUCCUCUCAGAGGCUCAACAUCUAAGAGAAACCCUAAGUUCCAAAAGAACAAAGAUCAGGGUAAGUGAUUGAUAGUACCCUAAAGUGAUAAGGUGCUUCAGGGCAGACUCUGGGGCUGUCUGGGAACAACUCUGCAUUUGGAGACCCAGAGGGAGGCGCCUGAUGAACACAAAGCUAUUCAGGCUAGCUGGAGAAGCUUCCAGAAGAAUCCUACUUCCCUCCAUACCCCACUCAGGCCCAUCUCGGAGAAAAGACAGCUGAGCUGAGGACUUGGAUUGGUCUUCAGAGUCAGGUCAAUUGGGGUGAAGUUUCUGUUGGGACUCAAUGGUCCCAAGAUGCUCUGGACAGAAAGGCUCCAGCUUCAUGUUCCCAUGUAGCUGCUCUCCUUGCCUUUUCCUCUCCUGCUUAGCCCAGGAGGGAUGCCAGCCCAUGCCCACUUCUGUGCCUUCACACCUACUCUUUCGCUCCACCUAUUGUUGUCUAACUCCAAGGCCAACCUGUGAAGCUGCCUCUUCUCUUCUAUGAGGCCUUCUCCAGGCCCUCAGUCUCUCUCACAUUCUCCCUAAUCAAGGGUGUGGCAUGAUGCUUGCCCAGCAUCUGUUUCUCCUUGCCUUCUCCUUCUGUGUCGCACCAGCAAUCAGCCCUGUUGGUUUUAUCAAAAACUCACCUCUAGGGCACCUGGGUGGCUCAGAUGGUUAAGCGUUUGCCUUCAGCUCAGGUCAUGA